AUGGACUGUGGGGCCCAGUCAGCCACCAGGCUGCUCUUCUGCCUGGCUUGUGGAAACAGGCUGAUUGUGGAGGAAGGACAGCGCUGCCGCCGACCCUCCAACACCUGCCCUGAGAUGCACAAUGUCACCUGCGAGGUAACAAGUCGAAAGUAUCCAGAGCUGGAAGACGUGGAUGAUGUGCCCAGUGGAGCAGCUACCUGGGAAAAUGUUGACUCUACAGAGUCAGGUCCUAAAUGUGAACAUCUUUGUGCCCAGUUCAUGUGGUUUCAGACCUGCUCUGCGGAAGAGCCGAUGACCACCUUCUACAAAUGCUGCAAAGCUCCGUAUGGACAUCACUGGAGGGACCAGGGCCAUGCUGGCUCAUCUGUGUCAGUGUCUGUUUACCUUGUUCCCCAGGGGUGGGUUUCCAAACCAAGAGUGUGA